GAGUAUCUGGUUGGGGUAGGAGCUAAGUCUCAGAACCACUUGCUUUAUUUAUGAGUGCCAAGUUAAUCCCCAGCAGGGAGAGACAGGGAGGGAGCAGGCUGCUGGGCUCUUCCUGCUGUUGAAAGUUCACCGGGCACUCAGUGGAAAUUUUCUUCCUUUCUUCUGCCCUGAAUGUUUCCCCAAACAUGAAGGUAAUAACUUUAUUCAUCUUGGUGGGAUUUACAGGAGAGUUCCAAGUUUUUUCAAGAGCCUCCACUCCAGUCACUUGCCAGUGGGAUUCCUACGGAUUGUGGUCAGAAUGCAAUGGUUGUACCAAGACUCAGACUCGCAGGCGGUCAGUUGCUGUUUAUGGGCAGUAUGGGGGCCAUCCUUGCGUUGGAAGUGCAUUUGAAACACAAUCGUGUGAAUCUACACUAGGAUGUCCGACAGAAGAGGGAUGUGGAGAGCGGUUCAGGUGUUUCUCAGGCCAGUGCAUCAGCAAAUCUUUGGUUUGCAAUGGGGAUUCUGACUGUGAAGAGGACAGCGCUGAUGAAGACAGAUGCGAGGACUCAGAAAGCAGACCUUCCUGUGACCUUGAUAAGCCUCCUCCCAACAUAGAACUUACUGGAAACGGUUACAAUGAACUCACUGGCCAGUUUAGGAAGAGAGUCAUCAACACUAAAAGUUUUGGUGGUCAAUGCAGAAAAGUGUUUAGUGGGGAUGGAAAAGAUUUCUAUAGACUGAGUGGAAAUAUCCUUUCCUAUACAUUCCAGGUGAAAAUAAAUAAUGAUUUUAAUUAUGAAUUUUACAACAGUAGCUGGUCUUAUGUAAAGCUUACCUCGGCAGAACAUACCUCAUCUAGUAGGAAAAGCUCCUUUUUCAGAUCUUCAUCAUCUUCUUCAUCUAGUUAUACUUCACAUACCAAUGAAAUCCACAAGAAAAAGAGUCAUCAUUUGUUGGUUGUCCAGAACACCGUGGAAGUGGCUCAGUUUGUCAAUAACAAUCCGGAAUUUUUACAACUUGCUGAGCCAUUCUGGAAGGAACUCUCCUUCCUUCCCUCUCUGUAUGACUACAGUGCCUACCGAAGAUUAAUUGGCCAGUAUGGGACACAUUAUCUGCAGUCUGGGUCCCUAGGAGGAGAGUACAAAGUUCUAUUUUAUGUGGACUCAGAAAAAAUCAAAAAUAGUGGUCUUAGUUCAGCAGAUAUGAAGAGAUGUACUUCCUCAAGUUCCAAAUUUUUCUUUACAUCAUCGAAGGGCAAAUGCCAAAAGCUGGAAGAGGCCUUAAAAUCAGACUCAGGAACUCAGGGCAACGUGCUGCGAGGGGACCCAUUUGUCACGGGGGGAGGUUCAGGCUUCGUGUCUGGCCUCAGUUUCCUGGAGCUGGACAAUCCUGCUGGAAACAAACAGCGAUAUUCUUCCUGGGCAGAAUCUGUGACUGGUCUUCCCCAAGUCAUAAAACAAAAGCUGACGCCCUUGUAUGAGCUGGUAAAGGAAGUACCCUGUGCCUCCGUGAAAAGACUAUACCUGAAGCGAGCUCUUGAGGAAUAUCUGGAUGAAUUUGACCCCUGCCAUUGCCGACCUUGUCAAAAUGGUGGCAUUGCCACCGUUGAGGGGACCCAAUGUCAGUGCCACUGCAAACCGUAUACAUUUGGUGUGGCUUGUGAGCAAGGAGUCCUCGUAGGGAAUGAAGCAGGAGGAGUGGAUGGGGGCUGGAGUUGCUGGUCCUCUUGGGGCCCCUGUGUUCAAGGGAAGAAAACAAGGAGACGAGAAUGCAAUAACCCACCGCCCAGUGAGGGUGGGCGAUCCUGUAUUGGAGAACCGUCCGAAAGCAGCCCAUGCGAGCAGGAGGAGCUGGAGCAUUUGCGAUUGCUUGAACCACAUUGUUUUCCUUUGUCUUUGGCUCCAAAAGAAUUCUGUCCAUCACCUCCUGCCUUGAAAGAUGGAUUUGUUCAAGAUGAAGGUGCGAUGUUUCCUGUUGGGAAAAACGUAGUAUAUACUUGCGAUGAAGGAUACUCUCUUAUUGGAGACCCUGUAGCCAGAUGCGGAGACGAUUUACGGUGGCUUGUUGGAGAAAUGCAUUGUCAGAAAAUUGCCUGCGUUCUACCUGCAUUGAUGGAUGGCAUACAGAGUCAUCCCCACAAACCGUUCUAUGGAGUUGGUGAGAAGGUGACCAUUUCCUGUUCAGGUGGCAUGUCCUUAGAAGGUCCUUCAGCAUUUCUCUGUGGAUCCAGCCUUAAGUGGAGUCCUGAUAUGAAGAGUGUUCAGUGUGUGCAAAAAGAUGCCCCUUUGCCACCAGCAGUGCCCAAAUGUCAGCGCUGGGAGAAACUGCAGAAUUCAAGUUGUGUUUGUAAAAUGCCCUAUGAAUGUGGAUCCUCCUUGGAUGUAUGUGCUCGAGAUGAGAGAAGCAAAAGGAUAUUGCCUCUGACAGUUUGCAAGAUGCAUGUUCUCCACUGUCAGCGUAGAAAUUACACCCUUGCUGGGAGGGACAGUUGCGCUCUGCCUGUCCCCACUGAGAAAGCCUGUGGUGCCUGUCCACUCUGGGGAAAAUGUGAUGCCCAGAGCGGUAGGUGUGUCUGCAGGGAAGCCUCGGAGUGCGAGGAAGGCGGCUUUCGCGUCUGCGUGGACGUGGACGGCGUGGAGCAGACGAUGAGCGAGUGCGCGGCCGGCGCGCUCAGGUGCCGAGGGCAGGACGUCACUGUUACCAGCACACGGCCCUGCGCCCCGGGGACCUCGUAG